UAUUAAGCAGUGCGUUUGAAGAGUAGCACGGUGAUCGCUUUGUAAUUUGCAACAUAUUUCAAAGACAGCUUGUAAAGCCUACCGAGCAAGUGAUAAUUUCCGUGAUUGUUAUGUAAUGACGAGAAUCAUUUUCUUUUUUUCAUAAACACAAGAAUGGAAUUAUAUAACAUGUGUUGUGCCUAUAUCUUUAAAUAUUUUUAUAAAAAUAGAGUAAUAAAAAAAAUUUAUUUUUGACAUUAAUAGUCUUGAGAUAAGUCUGCUAUUGCGCUCAUGUGUAUUACUGAGACAGUCAGCAUCAUCGGUGAUUAAUCCGAGGAAAAUGUAGUGCAACGGUUUUGAAUUACCUGGCCGCAACCUGCCGCAAAAAAAAAUAAGUCACCUGAGAUUGGCUAGGCUGCGAUUUAUCGGUGAUAAGUCGGUGAUAAAAAUUCAGCUCGGGUGAUGCAGGAAGCGUCCGUGUUUAUGUAUCCCGUUGAGGAUACCACUUUAUGCACGUUUCGUGCUUUCACGUCGAGAGACGAUGUAAUUCAAUCGAGGUAAAAUAAGCCAAAAAUGACGUAGAGAAAAAAUCGUUGUUAAGGAGUCACGCCAAGAGUCUAGAUGGACACAUUCGUAAGUUUCCUUUUGUAAUCGACGUUACACGGCGAUCAGAAUGGUUUGUUGAUUGGCCGUCAUUGUCGGUCGGCCAUGAGGAAUUUCACGGGCCUCUACGAAACGAUAAAAUCCAUUCACCCCGGGGAGGACAGUGUCUACAUGCGUCUAUAAAUCCUCGCAGUCAUCGGACGCAACAACUAACAGCGUAAUGGAUCCAGACAUUCCACGGGAUAGCGGUGCUCUAAGGCGCCGUAGAUCAUCGACAUGCAGGAUUAACGUCAUCAGGAUUAGCAAUAUUAUAAGAUGCAAGGAUAUUUCCAGUUGGAGAACGAUGCGAAACGGGCAACAAGAAACUGAUCAUAUCGAAUAAGUCGUAAUGGUGUCGGAGCACCAUGCCAGCUGCACGACGCUGUCAACGUUGCCAUCUCGUCGAGGAGUAUCUCAGCGGUAUCAAUGGUUGGAACUAAGACAAGCCACUGGCUGGCAACGCCGCGGAAUCUUCAACCAAUAUACCCGGCACGUGGCUCUUCUCAUACCUCGAUCAAAUUGAGCAGAUCGGAGUAAUCAGUAAGCCCGACAGAGCCGUUCCGUCGCGCCGCUUCUGCAGCCGAUGAACGUGGACCGAUCUCGAAUGCACGGACGGUGAGGGAAGGAUGAAGAAUGCCCCGCGCUGGCGGAGGAGACGGGGGUAGCGGACCCCAGAGGACGGGAGGGGGUGGCUUCGGAGGAUGGCUGGGGGGUGCCGCGAGGGCCAUGACAGGUGGAGGCGUCGGUGGUGGAUAUGUCAUUCUGGGUGGCACCAGAUACGGCCUACGGAUCUCUCAGGAAAGCCUGCCGCCGGCCAACUCUGGGGAGGAAUCGCAGGAGCAUCGGCGAAAGCGGAAUUCGCGCGAGAGCGACUCGCGGGAGCGGCUAACGGAGAAACCGGCGGAGAAGCCGCCGAUCGAUCUGGCCAGCAUCGCCGAUUGUUGCUGCAUCGGCCCGCGGUCGCGGCUUCCGCUGCCGCGGAUUCCACCGCCGGUCUGUCCGCUCACCCCGAUCACGUCCUCGAUGACGUCCGCGACGCCGUCGUGCCCUUCGACCGUCGUCGUCGGCGGUUGCUCGCCGCCUCUUCCUGCUUCUAUCGCGAGCGUCGCGGAGACGACGCCGACGUUCGCUAAUAAUAGUCACGGCGCGGUGCAAACGUCGGUGGGGAACAUGGGCAGCACCAGCCAGCAGCCGCAGCAGAAGCAGCAGUCACACCACCACCAACAUCACCAUCACCACCACUACCAUCAGCAGCAGCAGCAUCACUACCAACAACAGCAUUAUCCACAAACAGCGGCGGCGGCGGUAACGUCGUCGUACCCGCCGCCGACGACGACGCCGUCUUCACCCUCGACGUCGCUCGGCUACUCGUCCGGCAUCCCGACGACGACGCAGACCGUCUCCGUGCCGCGGCAGCUCGCGCAGUGGACGAAGCAUCAGACGCUCAAGCUUCAGGAACCAGCCGUGAUAGCGGUGGACCGACUGCACAGGUUUCGCUGGAGCGGGGGCGGAGGAGGAAGCGGCAAGAAGUCCUCUUCCGGCCCCCGCAGCGAGAAGGCCGAGCGCCUUCGCGAGCUUACCGAGAAACUUAAGGGACCGGCACCGGUUCCGCCACCCAGAAGACCGUCGCGGGUCCAGGCUUCCUCCCCUCCUCCGAGCGGAUACCAGGCGUCGUCUCAAAAUUAUCCACAGACGGACUCAAAUUCAGGUUGCGGUCGCUGCGAGAGUCGCCCAUCUCAUCGCAACUUUACAUACAGCGAGGGCGGUCAACAUGGUGGCAACAAUCAGCAACAUCAGCAUCAGCAGCAGAAGGACCAUCCGAAAACAUCGUCCGCAGAGCGUCUUAGUGAUCGGUCGGGAAACGACGUGUACCGAAAGCCCUGCCACGACUCGAGAAAGUCCUCGAGAACGGGCAGACCCGAGAGAAACAGUGGUGACGUCAGUGACCUCAGGAGCAAACAGAACGCUAAUGCAGAGGCGGCAAAACACUUGAGACAGUAUAGUGAUUCCGUGGUGGACAGUGCUACGAGUGUGGACGAUCUGUGCGAUAACCUGAACCUGAACGCCGCUUCCGUCGGCAGUGAGGGGGAGGCUCAGGAUGCCAUAACGACGCUGGAGCCGCGUGGGCUGCUCGCCUUUCACAGGGCCGGCGCGCCCUACAGGAGCGCCUCCUUCGGCCAGGUGGACUUUAAUCAAGUGAACCGACAGAAAACUCAGCCGAUCGCGGCGUCUAAUCGCUCCGAGAUUAAAGACGUUCGCGCGAGCACGUUACCCCGUCGUCGCGGUGAUGUCACACCAGGUAGCUCGACGCCCCAAAACAGUCCCAAUCGACAGAGUCCGAGGACGUCGACGCCCAGCGUCGACAGCGCCGUCGGUUCUGCCGAAGGUCUGGGUGUACCUCAACAAGGGAACCACGAGGAGAUCCGACCCAGAAGCGAUGGCUCAGACAGCUUGGCAACUUCCAGCGCACUCACCAGCCCGGAACCUCUAGUUCCGGAGGUGAACGAGCCAAGGGUUGAUCAAACGGACGCAACCGCCGUCGAGUCGAUUAGCCACGAGUCGGUUUACCCGAUUGUCGAAGGAAGCAUCGUGGAAGAAACCGUUCAAAAAGAGACCAGAAUAGAGCCGCACGAGGUGAUCAUCACACCACCCCCGGAGGAGCCGCGUCUGAGUCAAGCGAGCGAAGGCAGCGAGGCGCCGAGCGAGACGCCCUCGGAGACGUCCUCGCCGUCCGGCAAGACGAGACGAUAUCGUGGCGACACUAGCAAGAGGAGAAAGGGCGUGUACAUAACUCAAUGGCCAGAGCCCUUGGACGCGGACAGGAACAAGCUGUCGGCUCAGAGCAGCGAGGAGAGAGACGAGCCACCUGCGACGCCCAGCGAUCUGUCCGACUGCGAGGGCCACACGCCUCGAAGGUAUAGCAAGAGACCCCUUCGCGGACCCUACGGGCAGAUGCUGGAGGCCGAGAUGGCGAAGCCGCGUACCGCCGACAUCGCGCUCGACGAGGGUCUUCGUCCUCGCAGAAAGAUCUCGGCGAAUCUCUCAUACAACGCGAGCGGUAACAACAACAGCGGCUCCGAGCCGCCCACGCCCUGCCAUCACCGGACGACCUCCAGCCCGACUAAACUCGAGGGACUUCCGGGGCCGAGUCCCGAGCUGCUCGCGGAGCUGCUGAGAGGGUCCUCGGAGAGGGUGGCUCGCGCACCGGCGCAUCGAAACGACACGAGAACUCAUGUGGUCGUGGAGCUUUACGACACGGAACGAUCCUACGUGGAGGCGCUACAAAUACUAGUCAAUAAAUAUCUACAGCCCUUGAAGAGCCCCGACAAUGCCGGCUUGGUAGAUGCCGGAACGGUCGACGAGAUAUUUUAUCAGAUUCCUGCGCUUCUCAGCCAUCACGAGGUAUUCUUGGAGGAGCUGCGUAGGCGACUGGACACCUGGGAACUCAAGCAGACGAUCGGCGACGUCUUCCUCGAUGUGUUCACGAAACCGGUGGUGCUGGAGACCUACACCCUGUUCCUGGACAAUUGGAAAUCCGCGAGGAAGGCGAUAAAAACAACGUGCCAAGCGAAACCGGCCUUUGCACGAUUUCUCGAGACGAUGGAGCGCGAGCAUAAGGGCAAACUGGGUUUGGACCAAUUGCUGAUCAAACCUGUGCAAAAGAUUCCGCGGUAUGAGCUACUGAUACAGAGAUUGCUAAAGCACACAGACCCGACGCAUCCCGAUUACGAGCUGCUGCAGGCCGCGCAGAAAGAGGUGCACGAGCUGGUCGUGAAAAUCAACUGCACGGAAAGGGAGUCACUCGAGUGGGAACAGCAGCAGACGACAUUAAGGGAAGUCCAGGCCCUCGUUGAAGGUCUCGCCGGCAUUGUAACGAACGACAGAGCUUUCGUCCGGCAUGAUCUGGUCACUAUAGCAUCGAAUCAGGGCACGCGGAAGGAACGGGCUUUAUUUUUAUUCUCCGAUCUCCUCGUCAUCACCAGCAUCAAGCGCAGAAGCGGCACGAUAAGAAAACCGUCAACGUAA